AUGCUCUUUCCUUGGGAGCGCUAUCACAAUGGCCUGGAUGCCCUACCCUUCUUCAUAGACACUCAAAAUCCCAGCGCUAUUCGCCUCCAGUCUAAGCGCUGCUUGUCAUAUGGUACUCCCUGUGAUGAAUGCACUGAGAUCCCUCUUCACGUCAAACAUCUGGCAGACAUUGCGCGCACUCCCAGAGCACACACUAAUUACAAGUUUUUAGGUCUUGCACAUGUGCAGGACAUCACAAGGACUUACGCAGAACAGAUCAAACAAUUGAAGCUGCAGAUCGUGAACGUCGCUCUACGUAAUGGUGCAAGUAUUCAUGCAGUCGUCAACAAGCUUGAGGAUGCUCUCGAGGGAGUGUAUCACCCUCAAGGCUAUGAUGCGAGCGACCUGGAUAUCGCUAUGCUCGUGUAUAGACUCGGUGGCCAUCAGCUCCUCUUUGCAUUAAGCCAGAAACUCACUAUUCCAUCCCUCCGCACUCUACGCACCCGAUCUGCCUUCACUGUGCUCACUCCUACUAUUGGCCCCAUACACAACGAACACUUCGAUCAAAAUAUCCAUGCCGUAGUUCUUAGCAAUCUCACCAGCUCCACGUCUUUAUGUGGUGUUAGUCUCAUGAUAGAUGAAAUCGCCCUGGAAGAAAUGGCUGUUCAUUUCAGCAAAUACAACAAGGUCGGCAGUCUAUGUUGGAAACACUCACACCUCGUCGAUCCAGUUCUUCAAACGUAUGAAUCUGCCGUGAACAUUGCGCAGAAAAUUCACAAUGGGGAGGUCCAUCUAGGCAAGGAACUUACGGUCAUUGGAGCAUCAUGGAACGCGACUGGUGCAGCAGCACAGAUCGGACCAGUCUGGUCACUCGCGACCGACGGUGAUGCAACUCGACGUGCUGCCAGUCAUAAGCUUUUCCUCAAGAUUCCAUUACCCCAAGACUCACCCUUGUUCGGUACUCUCAUCAACAUGCUGGGAUUGAAUCUGUUCACAGGGGACAAUGAGGUGACACUUGAUUUCGACUUCAAGCACAUAUUCAAACAUGAGUUUUUCUGCUAUCGCAAUAGAUGUAUCUGUACCCUUCUCUGGUCACCCACAGGUGUCGUGCUCAAUAACGGCCGCAUAAUCAAUUCCAUGAUGCUUGCGCGGUAUCUCAUGUGGCUACCUGCCUAUGAUGAAGCCGCUGUCACGAAAUUACUCCAUCCCGACGACCCUCAAGACGUACCUCGUGCAGUCAAAUUAAUACUUGCAAUCAUCGAGUUCUCGAAACUUCAGCACACAAUCGUCGCCGACUCGUUUUCUACUGACAUCGAGACUCGCGCAGACCUCCAAUCCAUCACUCUCCUCAGUGCUCUGCUCGAGUCCAUCGUUUUACCUUUCACCGACAUCUCUCUCUCACUAUCUGAACAAACCAUGACAAAGAACUCUAUGUUCUGUAUUGCCAAGCAACAAGCGCUGGACUCACACGCUCCUUUUUUCCUUGGCGAUGUCGGGGACGAUCCCCUCAAGAUAAUUUUUGGCCACACACGCAUAAUUGGGGGCCAUAACUCUGCGUCUUCAUAUGCUCAGGCUCUCGAUUGUUUAGGCACUGCGAAGGAUAUUGACGGUGUCUUCAGGCGUCAUCCAAACCUUGAUCCAGGCCACUGGCGCCUCAAAUUAACACGUCAAGAAGGCGUUGAUCAUAUCAAUUCAACCUCCCAGCUUGAUUCCAUCCAUUACUCAUUUGCAGAACUCUUUAACACGCCCAGAACCAAUAUGCUGCGGCCAUUUGGAGAUAACAAGUACUUAGGGAUUUCUCAGGAUGAGCUUCAGGACGCCAGUGACGUACCCAAGCUCCCCCCUGCCGUUGUAGCUGUCCCCCCUUUGCAAUGCCUAGAAAUGGUGUUGACACGGGAGGAUGGAGAUGAGGUUCGCGAUGCUAAUGUGGUGUUGGAGGGAGAGGAUGAUGAUGACAAGGAGCUCAUGUUAAAUUUCCAGGAGGCUCUAAUUGAUGAGUCAACUGAUCCCGCUCCUUCUACUCAACCUUCUAGCAAGUUCUCAACGAAUCUGUCAUCCCCUCCAUUACCGCAAGGGCCUAUGAUCAACAAGGACUUCAUUUCGAAGUCACUCAAUCAACUAGAACACAUCCGUGGAGGUUUCACGAAAGUCAACAAAUGGAUCGACAUGUCUGUGGGGCGAAUCACUGACUGUAACUUAUUCCUUGUCGGGGAUAUCUUCCUCACUAUCCUUCACAGUAGUCGCACACUUUCUAUCAGAGUGCUUCGUUCAACAGCAGUGACACUGAAUGCCUUGCGUACCACUGCAAAGAUCACUGGACAGCUCCUCACUAUAAUCCCAACUCAUUCUACCUCAUCUGACGUUGCGCAGUACUGCUUAUGGGACGGUGGAUAUGUCACCGCCUGCUCACUGAUUCCAGGGACCUCCAACUCAACAGAGCAUGUUGUUAUCAUUACCGUUCCUGGCACUCUUAUUGAGCCUGUUAACCCUGAGACGACAUUCAUUUGUCUAUGUGACGACAUCAAUACGGAUGCGUUUUCACAAGUCAGUGGUGGCCAAAGCACCUGGCAAGUCUCUCGUGACGCACUCCAAGCAGCAUGUGAUAUACUAUGGGCAAAAGCAGUUGAACUGAAAGUGCCGGUCAAGUCGAUUGCAUCUGUCACCCCCGUUGACAUCAAAUUGUUCCCUUAUCAAUUUCCAGAUGGAACUCCGGCAGUCAUUUAUAUUGAGGCCAGUGUUGAGAGUUCAACAUCGUCAUCGUUGUCAUCGCUCAUCCUUCUUAUUGGCCUUCCGCAGACGCCUAUAUGGCAACAAUUCAGGUCGAUGCUCGAGCAACGGAUGCACGACGAAGCUAUGACAGCUACUGCGACGAAUCCGUCCACCUUUACAGUAGACAGCUGCGUGUCGUGUAUCACAGCAGAAGCUGCACGUCACGUCCAUCAGUCUGCUCACUCUGCUCGCCCUGGUGUCCUCUUACUUAAGGGUCUUAUUACAUGGUCUACGACUUUUCUAGUUUUCGUGGUAGAUAACGUUUUAAAACAAUUUGAUUCUGUAUACUGA